CUCUUAAAACUUAAUACUUAAAACUUUCGAACAAUAUAACCUUAAUUUUCAGUCAAUGAUAGAAAAGUGUAACGGAAAACCAAGUAUACUUCUCAUUUUUUAUACUUUGUCACAAUGUCGGAUAUUGACGACAAUGAUAAUAUUGAUAUUGAUGAUGAGGUUUUAAUUGCAAUUGUGCAACAAAAUCCUUGUUUGUAUGCAAAAAGUGACGCAAAUUAUAAAGAUCACAAAGUGAAAGAAAUGAAGUGGAAAACGAUUUCUGAGUCUCUGAAUUGCACAGCCGAUGAAGCUAAAAAGCGUUGGGAUUCCUUGAGGAGUCAAUUUAGCAGGAAGUUGCGACAGCAGAAAAUACAGCCAUCAGGUUCUGGUGUGAUACCAGAAUGGCCCCUUAUGUCAUGCAUGUCAUUUCUAAAAUCUCAUAUUCAAAACAGAAA